AUCCAGACCCCCCCGAUUCCGCCUCUGGGGCUGGGAGCCUCCGCGUCUUUCUCCUCUCCCUUUGGGGCGCUUGUGGGGCAGCAUCCAUGGCUUUCCCUGGGCUCCCCCUGAUGCUGCUGGUGGGGGCGCUGGCCAGGAUCCCCGGAAGCGAAGGGGGGAAGGAGACCCCCGCCCAUUUCCUGCACCAGAGGAAGUCCGAGUGCCGCUUCUUCAACGGGACGCAGCGGGUGAGAUACCUGGACCGCUACUUCUACGACCGGCAGGAAUAUCUCCGCUUCGACAGCGACCGCGGGGAGGUCGAGGCCGUCACGGAGUUUGGGAAGGUGGAUGCGGAUUAUUGGAACAGAGAUAAGCAGCUCCUGCAGAUCAAGAAGGCCACUGUGGAUCGUUUCUGCCGGUACAACUACGAGGGUUUCCAGAGGAAUUCUGUGGUUGGCCGGAGAGCCAAGCCCACCGUCACCAUCUCCCCCACCAAGAUGGACCCCACUUCCCACAACACCAUCCUCCUCUGCACCGCAAUGGGCUUUUACCCCAUGGAGAUCGAGAUCCAGUGGUUGAAGAAUGGGCAGCCGGAGAAGGAGGGUGUGGCCUUUGGGGAGGAGCUCCAGAACGGAGACUGGACCUACCAGCUCCAGGUGAUGCUGGAGACCCAGCCCCAGUGGGGGGACCUCUACACUUGCAAGGUGAAACACUCGAGCCUGGAGGCCCCCAUCACCGUUCAGUGGGAGCCCUGUUCCUCCAGCUCUGCCAGGAGCAAACUCUGGACGGGGAUCAUGGGGGCCGUGAUAGGAGUGGCCUUCCUGGCUGUGGGGCUCUUCUCCUACCUGAAGAGCAAGAAAGCAACUCCCAUCCAAUCACCUGCAGGACCAGACAAUCAGUCGGUUUCAUGGUGGUGUAAACACAGAUAUUAGCCAUACUAUCCUUGUCUAUUUCUUUUUCGUCAACCAGGCAGGAAUUGUUAGGUGCAGUUUGGGUGUAAUCAUCUUCGAGUUCUUCAAUAGCCAGUAAAGAUAAACUUUUAGAAAUUGUUCUAACAAAAAUAGGUAGAAUACAAGGUAAAAUUAUACAUCCUAAUGCAAUUAUACCAACUACAACUAUAAUAGCUUGUAAAUCAUA